CUCCUCCUCCUCCGCUCUAUCAGCUGAUGCCUGAAAAUGCCACUGCUGGCCAGGAAGUGCUCAAGAAAAUAAAAACGAAAGCACACAGAAGAUUCAGCUCAACAUGCGCUAAUGCUCCGGAUACUCUCGGACGUUGGUUUGGUGACGUGAUCUGCUGUCUGUCGGGUAAAUAAGGACGAGGAGAAGAUGGCACAUCAGGGUAGCGGACAGGCCUGGGGAAAACUUGUGAAUUUCGACUCGUCUGUGGGUCAAGAGAUAUUACUUAUAAAUAGAGAAUGCACGGUGGGAAGAAAAAAAGAUUGUGACCUCUCAUUCCCGGCUAAUAAACUGGUCUCAGGGAAACAUUGCAAAAUCACUCAAGAUCAGAACUCAGGAAAGGUGUGGCUGGAGGACAUGAGCACCAAUGGAACAGUGGUCAACAUGUCCAAAGUGGUGAAGAAACAGAUGCAUUUACUACAGAAUGGUGAUGUCAUUCACUUUGUGUACAGGAAGAAUGAGCCAGAGCAUAAUAUUGCUUACGUUUAUCAGGCAAUCAGACCACAGGAAAGUGCCUCACAGGACGCUGAAGAUGCUGGAAGAGAAGAAGAUUCAGAUCUGACGGAAACCGAGAGUGAACCAGCACCAGUAGAGCCUGUUAUUGUGAAGCCUCUGCCUCAGUCUGGGCAUGAGGAUCCUCAGCCAUCUACCUCCAGUUCUUCCUUCCACUUCUACGACAUGCCAUUAUCUACCUGCUCUGCAGAUGUGUUUCCAAAGAAGAACCCCGUGAGUUCCUCGGUUAUUUGUAAAGGAGAAUCCGAGAUGACUGCACCAGCACCAGCAGGCAGCCCCGGGGAGCCGGUCAUGAAUCACACUCGCCUGAAGUGGACCUGCUGGACUGAAGGAGGGCAACAGAUGGAGCCAGAGGUGGAAAUGCAGAGGAAAAGAAGAAAAACUGACAAAGACGAUCAGACGGGGUAUGGAUCUUCUCACAGUGACUCUGCUCAGGUUCCUCUCAGAGGAGCAGCAGGGACAGAGAAAACUGAAGGAGCCACAACAGACAAGAUGGAAGAAUCCCUCACAUGCAUUGUCUGCCAGGACCUGCUGCACGACUGUGUCAGUCUUCAGCCGUGCAUGCAUACGUUUUGUGCUGCCUGUUAUUCUGGCUGGAUGGAGCGGUCUUCUCUCUGUCCCACCUGCCGAUGUCCCGUAGAGAGAAUCCGUAAAAACCACAUCCUCAACAACCUGGUGGAGGCCUACCUUCUCCAGCACCCAGAGAAGUGUCGGAGUGAAGAUGACUUGAGCAGCAUGGAUGCUCGAAACAAGAUCACGCAGGACAUGCUGCAGCCAAAGGUCGAACGCUCCUUCUCGGAUGAGGAGGGCAGUUCAGACUAUCUGUUUGAGCUCUCAGACAAUGACAGCGACAUUUCUGACUUGAGUCAGCCCUAUAUGAUGUGUCGGCAGUGUCCAGGUUAUCGGAAGGAGGCUAGCUCUGUCCCGUGGAUCUGUGAGGCCGCUCAAUCAGAAGUGCCAGCUAAAGUGCCUGGAGACGGCCCUUCCACAUCCUCUGACACCUCCACAGCUCCUCAGGAGUUCAGAUGUCCUCCUCAGGGCAGUCACCUCAUCUGCUCCUGCUGCCUGCAGCCCAUGCCCGACCGACGCUUCGAGCACCUCCCCCCUCAGAUGUCCCCGCAGCACUGUAUGGUGUGCCAGAAACCUUUCUGUCAUGUGUACUGGGGCUGCCAGCGGAUCGGCUGUCACGGCUGCCUAGCACGUUUCACCGAACUUAACCUUAAUGAUAAAUGUCUGGAUGGAGUUUUUAAUGGCAAUCAAUAUGAGUCUGAAGUCCUUCAGAAUUAUUUGACUUCUCAAGGAAUGAGCUGGAGACAUCUGCUGCAGGAAGCGCUCCAGGCUGUACAGCAGGGCCUGUACCAGCUCUCUGAUUACAGAAUCACUGCCAACUCUUUCCUGUGCUACUGCUGUGGACUUCGCACUUUUAGAGAACUUGCAUACAAAUACAGAGAGCAUAUUCCUGCACCAGAGCUGCCAGAUUCUGUGACAGCCAGACCAAACUGUUAUUGGGGACGCAACUGUCGGACUCAAGUGAAAGCACACCACGCUUUGAAAUUCAAUCACAUAUGUGAGCAGACGCGGUUUAAGAACUAAUGCUGGAGGAGCAUCGCUUGACUUGACAGCAGUAGUUUGGGAGUUUGACUCUCAGCAGCUUCUGGGGAGCUGAGCUGCUGCAGGCACGUGUUAUACCUCUUUAUUCCCCUAGAUGGCAACCUUACGUAUGCAAAGUCAAUCAGAUGAUGCUAAACCAAUCAUCCUUGAGGUAUGGUGUCAGCAAGUGGAAACAUCUGAUCUGGAUCUGCACUGUGUGGAGAAACAGACACUAGUUUUCCAGGAUGUACUGACCGUCAUUCUUUCAGUAUGCACACUUCAUUCCACUAUGCUAUUGACAUGCUUUCAUGCUGCAUUUCUGCUUAUAAUUGUGAAACGAGACAAUAUUGGCAAUCACCUUUACGUGCAAAAAUCUCUUUAGCUUAAACCUUAUACAAUAUACAAAAUCUAUAACUAACCUUUGGUGCCUGAGAGUCGACUGUGAGUGUUUGUCAGCUUUCUUUGCAUAUGUCACAUACUUCUUACAUUUUAAGGUUUUU